UAUCAGGCUAGAUUCCAAUUUCAUGUUAUGGCAUCUGGUCAAACGAACAUGGUUAAUCGGAGAUUCACAAAAGUUAAAAGUCGCAUCUUUACUACUCAAGAUCACUAAAAACCAUUACUUGAAGUGACAUUACUUAGCUCAUAAGUAAACUGAGCUUCCUCAACAACAUACUUGCAAAGCUUAAAUAUUACAUAUGAAAAGUUUGCACCUUAUCAAAAACCCACAACACAAGAAGUUACAUGUCACAUCUUCACUACUCAAAAUCACCAUCAUUACUUGAAAUGACAACAACAUACCCAAAGUAAAAACCUACAGCUCACAAACAAAGCUAAGCUUCCUCAACAACAUACUUACAAAGCCUAAACAUUUACAUAUGAAAAAAGUUGCAGUUAAUCAAAAACACACAACACAAGAACAAAUGCAAGAUAAUACGAGCAAGCAGAUAUUAAAAAGGAUGCAUCUUUACCGCAAUUCUUUGGAAGCAGAGCAAAGCUGGCGUAUCUCAACCUCAAGUAGCUUCAACGUCCUCCCGUUAUUUGUCUCCAACAGCCGACGAAAUAGAAACGGAAACGAAUACAAAUCCUCAAACCACCUUCCAGCCCAUUAACUAAUUAAACGAAGCCCAAUAAUGUAAAUGGACCCAAACAUACUAAUCAGAAUAAAAAUAUGAACAAUAUUAUAAAAAAAUAACCAACGGCUACUUUCUUCUUCUUCACGUCUGCACCUCCGACGCGUUUCACAAACAGAGGUUUUGAAAAUUUUCAGUGAAGAAGAGAGUGAUCACUACUUGGUAUCAUGAUUACUUACCUUAGAUUGUUUGACAAAUUAACGUUGAUCGCUCAUUAAUCUACUUUUUUCUUAAGAUAUCUCUCGGCAUCUCCGACCAGUUUCAGAAAAAAACGAAGCUUUUCAAGAAUGGAACCGGAGAAAGCUGACAAUUCCUUAUUGAACUUGUCAUUGUGUUAUGAGAGGAAGCCUCAAUUCGAGUUCAAGUGCGUCCUUGCAGACAAUUCAUUUUCCCCAUUUGAACACUUUAACGUGUCUUCCUCUACAGGUACGGUUUCAAUCCAACUCGGUUUGGUAUUACAUAUUUUAUAAUUUUUUUUUAUUUUCUAAAAUUGCAACAGAGAAGUGUCAUCCCUCUCGCAAGGAGAUUGGUGCCUUGAUCGAUAAUCCUCCGGAACAUAGUUUUUGGACAUCAUUCACCAAAGAGGACACUUCAAAGGACUGCAUGUGGGUCGAUUCUAGUUUGCAGUUGAGGGAACUAGCAAACAAGUUGGCAGAACAAAACGUUUUUGCUGUUGACACGGAGCAACAAAAUUUACGAUCGUAUUUGGGUUUUACUGCACUUAUGCAGGUAACUACACUUUUAAUAAAUGUUUACAAAAUUUUGUCCUAUUUAGUUUUUUGCUUUGAUGUUUGAUAUUUCUCUGAAAUUUGAAGAUUUCUACACGAGAAGAGGAUUACUUAGUGGACACGGUUGCACUUCACGAUGAAAUGGCCCUUCUUCGUCCUAUUUUCAGUAAUCCAAGGAUUUGCAAGGUAAUCGUUUUUCCAACUUGUCGAAUAAUCUAACCCCACUGAUGCUUAUUUUAAUAUUUAAUGUGUGGUCUGUGCUUCUACGUGUUUCAUGGGGCUCAAAAUGAUAUUAUUUGGCUGCAAAGGGAUUUCCAUAUCUAUUUGGUCAAUAUCUUUGAUACAUACACGGUAGACACUUGCUGUGUUGGUUAUUUAUUUUUUAAUUUUAUUUAUGUAUGUAGUUUCUCUGUUUUCUAAUUUGGUUUUUUACAGGCAUGUUUGGUAUUGGAAAAGCCUCAAAAAUCACUCGAGGGUUUGCUACAAACUAUUUGUAAUGUAGACUUGGACAAGUCAUUACGGGUGAGUGUAUUUUAUUGUAUGUGUGUCUUUUUUUCAGUUGUAUCAUCUGUCUUAUCUAUGCUAAACCUUUCAUUGCAGACUCGUGACUGGACAGAGCGACCACUCCCACCAACGAUGUUGCGAUAUGCAAGAACCGAUAUGCAAUAUUUGCUUUGGAUUGCAGAUGUUUUGACUGCCGAGCUCAAAGAAGUUAAAAAGUAUGACGAGUCUAUUAGGCGGUCAAAUUAGCUAAUCGGGAACAAUAUGAUUGUCGUGAACGUGCUUGGAAACUUUGUAUAUGGAGAGAUCUGAUGGCACGGAUCCACGAUGAAAGCAGAGAAUUUGUGUUAUCUAAUGAGGCUAUGCUUGAAUUUGCUCGGAAAGUUCCAACCACAUACGAUGUGUUUAAAUCAACCGAUGAUGCUGAUCAACAAAGAGGGGGGAAAAUUGAUGAGGUGUCGGCAAUUUUCCUGUGUCAUUAUGACGAUUACUUCAACCAGAUCAUGAGUGACAAGUCUGUAGCUCUUGAUACCGCUUUUCCACUUAUUCUUCAAAAGUGUCUGGGUAUGAAUGGAACGUGUGGGAUUAAUCUGUUGAAUUGUGGGAAAUUUCAUAAUUAUUCCUUUUUCCCCUCUGUGAAAAGUGGAAAACAAACUUCAAACGUAUCACAGAUACCUAUACGCAAGCCUGACGUUGCUGUGUACGAGAGUGACGGAACGUUGAAGUUUUGGUGUAACCAUGGAAAAGGGCAAUGGUAUCUGAAGACGGGGCUUGCAGAACAGACUCAAAUUCAUGGAGAAUAUGCUUUACAGUUGAAGACUGAAACUUUGGGUGGUCCUGAAAAAGUUGACAAGAAAAAGGAUUUGUGUAAUAGUUGCGGCAAAGAAGGGAUCGAAUUGAAUCGUCACCGGAUAGUACCACCUGUUAAUCUUUUACCAACCGCUUGUGUUACACAAUGA